AUGUGGCGCACUGAGUCGGCGCAGUACGGUGUGGCGGAAGAGACGGGACUCACUGCCAAUUCGGCUGGCCAACAGACUAGUGCGACUGCAGUGAUGCGUGCGAGCAUUUACGAUGUCGAAAAAAGUCUAAUAAUGAGUAAUCAGAAGUGGAUGCGACAUUGA